AUGAAGAAGUUGGGAACGCCGAAGGCUGUGCGCAACUUCUUUGAUGGGGGCAAUCGCAGAGGUGAGAUAGGCGAGUACAAAGAGGAGCUGAACCACAGCAACAAGGAUCGAAAGAAAGAGGCUCUGAAGAAGGUCAUUCAGGCCAUGACCUUGGGCAACGAUGUGUCUUCGCUUUUUCCCGACGUCGUGAAAUGCAUGCAGACGAACAGCUUAGACCUGAAGAAGCUGGUGUACCUGUACGUGAUCAACUACGCCAAGGCGCAGCCCGACUUGGCCAUCCUCGCCAUCAAUGCUUUCCGCACGGAUGCGAACGACCCGAACAAUCCUCUGCUGCGUGCCCUUGCGGCCGGAGCCUCUGUGCUGCCACGUUGGGCUCGUUGUCUCAUUGUGCAUCUGUGUCUUUUCGUACGUUGUCGUAUAUAG